ACAUAAUUUUGAGGGUAAUGGAAUCGAUGGGAAGGCUUUCUCAGAGUUUGAAUUGGAAGUAGGGAAAAUGACAGCGGUUAAUCAUCCGUGUAUUGUUCGCUGCUUUGGUAUGCUUGAGCCGACACCUGGAAUUGUCUUGGAGUUGGUUGAGUGUGGUUCGCUCUUUGAGAUCAUUCACAAGCACAAAGAUGAAAUGUAUUCUUCCUACAAUUCUAGAUUCUCGUGGAAAGACAGAGUCAGAUAUCUGUUAGACGCUCUGUAUGGACUCCGAGCGAUUCACAAUGCUGGAAUGAUUCACGGAGACUUCAAAACUUUGAAUCUACUGGUCAGCAGAGAAGGUCGGCUUAAAGUAGCAGAUUUCGGUCUGUCAAAAGUGUUGGAUGUUUUCUCUGUUAUCCCGGGCACGAAGACAAUAACUGGGACUCCUCAAUAUAUGGCGCCAGAAGUUAUGCAGAGCAAACCACAAGGUUUGCGAGUGGACUUGUACUCUGUGGGAGUUGUGAUGUGGGAGGUUUUGACUGGAACGAUUCCCUGGAAGGACAUGGAUGUCGUACAAAUAAUUCAAAAAGUUACGCACCAUGCUAAUGAAGUUCAGAGACCA